GCCUCUAAACCUUGGACGGAUGGAUGGAUGGAUGGCUGGUAUGCGACCGACCUGACUUUUAACAACGUGGGGGCCCACCAUAAUAAGUCUUUAUAGCCUUCCAGAUCCAUCUCCCUCUCUCUAUUCUUUUUCUCCUGUGCACUGACUUUAUCGCUUUUCCUCUAUCAGCUCAGACCCUCGUCCGGAUUACUUUGGGGUUUGCUUCGAUUUCCUUGAUCAUACCCGACCCGAACCCCAAUUUUCUGGAUCAGGUCUGAGCACAUUUUUAUCCGUUAGCAGAUCUUUUGUGUCACUUGCAUCUUUUAUCUGUUAGCAAAGUUUCAUGUCUGAAUUCGAUCUCCAGACUCCAGCUGCUUUUGACCCUUUUGCUGAGGCCAAUGCUGAUAACUCGGGUGCUGGGUCAAAGGAUUAUGUGCAUAUCCGUAUCCAACAACGUAAUGGUAGGAAAAGCCUGACUACUGUGCAAGGGUUGAACAAAGAGUUCAGUUACAAUAAAAUCCUGAAGGACCUCAAGAAAGAGUUUUGCUGCAAUGGUACUGUUGUCCAAGACCCAGAACUAGGCCAGGUCAUUCAACUCCAAGGGGAUCAGCGUAAGAAUGUUUCAAGUUUCCUUGUUCAGGCUGGGAUCGUAAAGAAGGAACACAUAAAGAUUCAUGGUUUUUAACUGCCAACAGCAAGUGAGACAGUGUGCAUUCAUCGGGUGUCAGUGCCAGCGUAUAGUAGUAUCUGAUAUGCUAUUGUAAACUUUGAAAAAUUUUAUGGUGUGGUUAGAUAUGUAUGCAGUGUGUGCUGUUGUGAUGGGAUGCUUCUUAUUUCCGAGGUUUAUGCUAAAUAAUUGUGACUUGUGCCUGGCAAACAUCAUUCAGUCUUGUCUUGUCUUGUCUUGGUU